AUGACCGAAAAUGAGGACAACGCUGAAGACCUAAAAAGAAACGGAAACAAUAACUCUUCGGCUAACUCAAUGCGGAAACCGAUAGAUUUGGAUGAUGUGCUUAUAAACGAACUGGGCCAAUUCGGUUGGUUCCAGUUCAAAAAUAUCAUCCUUGUAUCGAUACCAAUAAUUAUGUCUGCCUUCAUGAAUGAAUACAUAUUCUCAGCCGCCGCAAUUCCUCAUAGGUGUCAAAUUCCGGAAUGCGGCGAGGUGGGCAAAGACUUUGAACUUCAGCCCGAGUGGAUUUUAAAUGCUGUUCCAGAAACAAACUCUGGUGGUCUCUCCAGCUGCGAGCGUUAUGAACCUUUAGGUACCAACGGCUCAUUGAAUUUCUGUCCAGCUGAUUUAUUUAAUCGGCAUAACGUGAUCGCUUGCGACCGCUUUGUCUAUGCCAAAAAUAAUUCCGUUGUUUAUGAUUUCGAUCUAGGUUGCCAGGAAUGGAUGCGCGCAUUUGCUGGCACACUAAGCAGUAUCGGAACAGUGCUGGUGUUGCCAAUCACAGGAUACUUCUCUGAUCGGUUUGGACGCCGAGUGGCUCUCGUCGUAAAUUCAUUCAACUUUGGACUUUUCGCCACCAUAAGAGCUUUCUCAACCAACUACACGAUGUAUCUGGUGCUCUAUUUCUUGCAGACAUGUUUAGGUGCCGGUGUAUAUACCUCCGCUUACAUUUUCGCUACGGAAUUGGUCGGACCCAAGUAUCGAGUAUUGACUGGCGCGAUAUGUCCUUCGAUGGUCGCUGUGGGUUUAAUGAUCUUGGGAAGUGUGGCAUGGGCAACAGAAUCCUGGCGAACUAUGACACUGGCCUUAAAUGUGCCUUGCUUUCUCAUUAUCUCUUACUACUGGUUCCUCGGUGAGAGCGUACGGUGGCUUUUAUCUAAGCAAAAGUACAGCCAAGCAAGGAACGCUUUGGAAAAUGUAGCCAAAACAAAUAAAACUAAAAUAAGCCAGGAGUCAAUGGAAGCAUUGCUGCGUCCAAAAGCUGAGACGACAGUUCACCCCAAAGGAGGCCGCAAUUUGAUCUCCGCAGUUCUUCGAUCUCCUAUUCUUCUGCGGCGAGUUUGCACUACUCCUUUCUGGUGGAUUGCUACCACGCUCGUGUACUACGGUCUCUCCAUCAAUUCAACUAGCCUGUCUAGCACUAUGUAUCUGAAUUUCAUCCUCACCUGCGGCAUAGAGAUUCCGGGGAACUUCGCCACUGUCCUCAUCUUAGACCGGAUAGGCAGAAAGCCUACUUUAUCUGGAGGGUACUUCCUGAGUGCGGCUUGUAACUUUCUUUUUGUCAUUUUACCUAAAAACUUCACCGUGGUCCGAUUAUUAAUAUAUCUGCUGGGAAAGUUCGGCAUCUCAAUAGUGGUGACGUCAUUGUACAUAUACACAUCCGAGCUCUAUCCAACUGAGUACCGUCACAGCCUAAUGGGUUUCUCCUCGAUGAUUGGAAGGAUUGGUUCGAUCAGCGCCCCUCUAACUCCUGCCUUAGCGGUGUAUUGGGAGAGUACGCCAUUCGUGAUGUUUGGUGGCAUGGGCCUGCUAGCUGGCCUUCUCGUCCUCACCCAGCCGGAGACCCGCGGAACCAAACUGCCCGAUACCCUGGCUGAAGCGGAAGCACUCGGAACUGUUUCCAAA